AAUGGCGAACAACGUUUGACAAACUUUGUCUGUCAUUUUUCGCCUUUAAAAUCUUAUUAGUUCCUAUAAAUACUUUAAAACUCUGGUAGUUUGUAGAGGACAGUACGGGACUUUGAACGGAUUAGUCAUCUGGUCCGAAUAUAUAAUUCUUGUUACCUGAAUGAUGUGAGGAGCUCCAAAACAAAGACAUCUACAACUCGCAUAGAAAGAAGAGCUGAUAUACUGAUUUGUACCAAAUAAAUAUCACAGCUCAGUUAGACAGUACAAUGGAUAGAAAGAAGAUUGAUAUUAAAGUUAUGAAGCUGAUAGAUGCAGGUCAUUUUAAAGCAUCACCCAUCGUCAUGCCAGGCUCUGAGUUUGAGAACUUCAUGGGAAGACUGAAUGACUAUUUCUUGUAUCAAGGAAACAGGACUUCUAACUCUGUAAUCCCUGAGAAAGAAAAGCUCUAUGUGGUGCAACGCACAAUGGAUAAAUGCUGGUACCGCGCAAGAAUCCAGAAUAUCAUGCAAACUACCGCAGGUCCACAAGCAAGUGUGUUAUUGGUAGAUGUCGGAGAACAAACCUUAAUACCUUUUUCCAGGGUCUGUGAGAUACCAAAGGAGUUUGAAAACAUUCCAUUUCAAGUGAUGGAAUGUAUCCUGACAGCAGUAAAGCCUCUCAGCUUGGUUACAUCUUACUUUGAUCUCACAACUACAAAACAAGUCAGUGACAAGUGGACUGAAGCUGCAACCAAGUUUGUUCUUGACCUCAUCCAUGGCUGCAAGCUGCAAGUAACGAUCCAGAAAGAAGAUGAUAAGGGUAGAUACCAUGUGCUACUCUACGCAGAGUCCCUUGACAAAGAGGUUUGUGUCAACGAUGAACUUGUUCAAAGAGGGUUUGCAGUAUUUGAUGAUUCACAGUCAGUAAAAGAUGAGAGCCCACGAAAAACAGAAAGACUCAGAGCACAACAAGAACAGUUUGUACAAGCUCAACAAGAGGUUGUCAAUGCCUUCAAGAAGAGUAUUCACAUGCCAAACCAACAGUACAAGGACGAGAAGCCACAAGAAAGCACGAGUACUGACGAUGAAUUUCCUUCCCAUCGUCGAAGCUCUUUUCAAGAAGAUGUCAGAAAUUUCAACCCUUUAGACGUUCUUCGACAACAAGUCGCCGAAAUUCGAACACCAAGACCAAAUAGCCUGCCUGUUUGUUACAUUCCUGCUGGCGCUGAGAAUAGGUCUUCAUCUUCACUCCCUUCGUAUAAAAAGCAGGGAAAAACGAUGUCUCAAGAACGUGCUUCUGAUUUUAGAGAAAGAGACGCCCAAGGUAGAGAAAUGUUCUCACCGUCAAGUGAUGAGGAUUCAGGAAGGGUGCGCUUUGUUUCUGCAAGGAUACCCGCCACUGGCAGCGGUGCACGGUAUUUGUCUAAAGACAAUGAUACUGCUAAACUGAAGUCAAUACUGAAGUCUAGUAGAACUGGGAAUCACUAUAGUAGUUCGUCUAGUGAUCAGGAAACUGGGAGAUACAGAGUGAUGGAACAGCGGGAUGAACUAGCGAAGAAUAGAAUGAAUAUUGACAGUAGCUCCCUACAACACCCAAGUAAAAUGGAAACUGCUGUUUCACCAAGGGCCAAUGGAGAAUUCGCUGAUACCGCCACAGAAGUAGGGCGGCAGKCUUGGGCAUCGCAGUAUCCCACUGAAAGGAUAGCAGCAAGUGUUUCACCGAGAGAAGAGUUUGAUGGAGCUUCCAUUUACAACGCUACGCAUCCCUUGGGAAGAUUGCCAGGUUUGCCUCCAAGGGUACAAGAGGAAUUCGCUCAUGGUCACACAGAAAUGGAUGCACCCUUAUCCAGGCAGCAUACCGGAGAAUGGGCAACUGAUUCUGCAGGUUCUAGGGUUGCCAAGGUGAUGGAUCAGCAGCAUUUGGCUACACAGGGUCACACUGCAAGAAUGCCAAAUAUGUCUCCAAGGGCGAGAGAAGAAUUCACGCAACGUCCCCCAGAAGUGGCUCAGUCUUUGUCGCAUGGAAUGCCGUCGCAAAUUCUUCCUCGAUCAUCAGAUCGGCUAUCUGAAGAGAUUGUUAAACAAAGCAAUGCAAAACCUACAUCUCGUCUUCCUUCAGAAAUAUUGGCACAAUGCAACUCAAAACCGGCCUCACGCCUUCCCUCAGACCUAGUCUCUCAAUCUUCUCCUUCGUCUUGUGAAUCUGUGUCCUCCCUCGAAGACGGCGUGUUAAUCCAUGGGGAUGGCAUCCCAAGGCCGUUCACAGCGUUAGCAAACUGUCCUCUCUACGAAUAUGGCUCAAGACUGGAUAUCCAAACUCCUACUCCAUUGCAGAGGCACAUGUGGCCGGCGCUCCUCCGAGGGAGAGAUGUUGCUGCGGUUGCGCCCAAGAUUGCGGGAAGAAAAAUGGCGUACUUGUUACCGAUUGUUGAUCAAGUCUUGGACCCUGCUGCGUAUUCAGAGUUACCGCUAACUAAUGGGCCUCUAGCCCUAAUACUGUGCAAUAGUUGGAGCAACGCCAUAGACAUCUACAAAGAAUGCAAUAAAAUCCUUGGUCCUCGAAGAAGAGCCAGAGUACAUGUUAUAUUCUGCGGAGGAGCAGAAGAAGAACAAGUUGUCCCACUCAUCAAUGGCUGCGAGAUACUCGUCGCUACUGUUCCUUGCUUCCUACGCAUGCUCACAAGAAGCUACACCACGCUGGACCGACUCUGCCACAUUGUCUUUGACAGUGCAGACUUCCUUGUCGAAGACUUUACCACGGAAUUAAAAGAAAUUAUGAGAGUUUAUGGUCGAUUGUUGGUGUCUAAACCCGGUCGUGUUGCUCCACGCCAAGCUGUUAUCAUGACGUCGUCGUGGACCUUAGGAGUGGCGUCCUUGGUGCGUGCGUAUCUUGGUAACCCAUUGAUCAUUAUGGAUGACAAGGUCGAAGCCACUAUCUACUCUGGUGUUAAAUUGGCUGUGGAACUUUGCUCGGCCAGUAAGAGGCUUUCAAAUCUUUUAGGAUUUCUAGAAAAUGCUGACAGGACACACGAAAUUGUCAUAUUCACAAACACAGCAGAGGAAGCUGAGAACCUUGGUGAAGCGCUGAAAACAAGCAGUUAUUUUGUGCUCGUUGCUCACGAGUUUAUAAAUCCGCAGCAAUUGGCCGAUACUAGAAGACAAUGGCAUACUCCACACAGCACAGACCUGAUGCCAAUACUAGUGAUGACGGACGGAGUUCUCAUGAGCAGACAACUCACCGUACAGAACGCAUCAAUGGUCAUCCACUACGACCUGCCGCUCGUCAAAAACAAGGAGAAGUUUGGAGAACGAUUUUUCACCAUGUCUAGGACAUUCACAUCAACUAAGGACCACGGAUGUUUAUCAGUCAUAUUCAUCACAGAGACCUGUCUGCGUCAGUCAACCAUCGCCCACCAACUAGUGCAAAGAACAUCAGAACACACACCAGCUGAAGACAGCACUACGGAUGGGGAUUCCGUCAAACCUUGGAAGAUUACUUCUUCUUCUCUGGAGGAAAUGGCCAAGGAAGCUCGUAUGGCAARAGAAAGAGAGAAAUUUAACUACGAACUGUGUGAUUUUCUGAUGGCUUACGGAUCAUGCAGAACGUUUUCAGACAAACGUAAGUGUAACAUGAGACACGUGGUGCUGAAAGACGAAGACCUCCCCUGCCUACCGACCAAUGGCAGCGUCAAGGUCCUUGUUCUUCACGUGAUGAAUGCAACUUGUCUGUGGGUUCGUAUAUUAGAACAUAAAGCCCCCAAAACCGUCAAAUCCACACCAUACAACAUCACGACAAGUACGCAGUUCCUACAGAUGACAGUCGAGAUGGGAAUGUGGUACGCUAACGAGAAGAACAGAACGAGAAUUGAUAUGCCAAGAAUAUCUGAUCUCUAUGCGUUCGAGCAGGAUGGCUCAUACCACAGAGUGAAGGUCUGUGAUGUCGUCCGGGAAAUGCCUCAGUCAGGUUUACCUCUGGAAGCACAGGUUCAUUUCGUUGAUAAAGGCACGUACCAAGAUGUCAAGGUUUCAUCGCUCCUUUGUCUUCCUUCACAGUUCCGUGAUUUUCCACUUCAGGCUGUUCAAGUCUUUGUCUGUCGUGUCAAACCACAAGACAAGAGUCUUCAAUGGACACCAAAGGCCAACGUCUUCGUUAAGGACUUGGUAGAAGGCAAAGAACUUGAAGGUCGGGUAGUUCUGAGCCUUGGUAACACGAUGUGGCUGGAUCCUCUGUUUGAGAGAAGAGUACUGAAGAGUAUYAAUGUGACAACCAAUAUUAAUAACAUCAGAAUGGAGCUGCUGAAGAAUGGUCUUGCUACGGAGAACAAAUAUCACAUUAAAGAACUACGAAAGCUUUGCGAGGAUGUUAUAGACCUUUCUAUCUUUGAUGGAAAAAAUGCCGAAGGCAGUGGAGAUAGUUAUGACUCAUCAGUAUCACUGGAGACUGUUGCAUUGAAUGAAAAUGAUUAUCAAGAUGUGUUUGUGUCAGCUGUGGAAAACCCUAGCUUUUUCUUUGUACAAAUGGCUGCCAACGAUACGAGUCUGGAUGAACUAGAACGUGCAAUAGAAGAAGGCAUCCACUGUGUGAGCUACGAAGACGACGAUGAAAUCCCUAUUGGAUCACUCUGUAUGGCGUGCUUUACUAAAGAUGACAAAUGGUACCGUGCACGUGUCCUGGGCACGAAGCUUGAUAACGAGUAUGACGUGUUCUUUGUCGAUUACGGUGAUCGUGAGUGGUUGACGCGCAGCAGAUUACGUCCAGUGUGGCCAGACAUCCUUACUGUUCCUCUACAGGCUGUCGAAUGCUCAUUAGUCAACGUCAAAUCCAAAGUGGCUUCGCUCAUGUCUGGAUGUCAUCGAUUUGUAGUCGAGCUGUUCGAUACGUCGACAAGUAUCGACAUCGUAAUGAGCGAGGAACUAGUAGCAACAGGACAUGCGCAGACUUCGCCUGAAGGAAUCCAGACACUGUUUCCUGAAGCAGCAGUACAGUUAGGUCGACAAGAAUACAAGUACGAAUACGAGAAGAUUCCUGACAUGUGCAGAGAUAUCCUGCAGUCUCGGGACCCAUCUCAGCGUCUCAGUAUUGCCAAGUCAUUACAGACCAUCGUAAUGGGUAGUCCAAGUGCUAAGGAUGCCAUACGCGAGGGGGGUGGUGUGAGGUCGUUAUGUCGUCUACUAGCACUGACCAGAGCACCUGCCGUUCAAGAACACUUGUUGGUUAGUCUGGAUUGUUUGACCUUCCAAAAUGACAGUAAUUGUGAUGAAGCAAGGAGAGCAGGUGGACUAAAGACGCUGUGUUACCUGAUGGACAAGAGCCGCAACAUGUCCGUGAAGUCACAUGUUGCCUGGACACUGAAGAAUCUUGCUGCAACCGAAACAAAUCAGGACACUAUUCGUGACCUUGAUGGGAUUAAAGCACUAUGCAACGAGUUAAAAGCUGCAACAGACGAUAAGCUACAAGAACACAUUGCCUGGGCACUAGAAGUAUUGUGCAUGGACAACAAUAAAAACUGUGAAGCAGUUGAUGAACACGGUGGAGUAAAGACCCUUUGUGGGCUGGUCUCCCACACAACCCAACAGAAUGUCCUUGAGAGGACCACAAGGGCCCUUAGUGCUCUUGCUUCGACACCAAGUAAUCGUAAUCUGAUUCGUCAACAUGGCGGACUGAAAGGUAUUUGUCGAAGGAUUCAAGACAACCCUGAAGAAACUUAUCUCAGGACUGCAACGGGGACGCUGAAAGUACUCGUUAGCAAUAACCAACACAAUAAAGAGGUGAUGCGAGAUAUGGGCAUGAUUCACACACUACAAAAACUGACAACAUCGUCUCAGUUCAGUUCCAUCACACGUCGUCUGUGUUCAGAUUUACUCCAGAGAUUAAUAGGUUGGGCAGCAGUUGGCUUUGACGUUGGUUUGUCUCCCGACAAAKCACCUACUACACUCCACUACCCCUCCCCACAGACAACAAAUGGAACCAUGGAAACGAGGACUGACAUUACAAGACUUCAGCUCAGUAAUGGGGUUGAUAAUGAUGUAGACGAUAUGCCGCMUCUUGAGGGGUCAGACGASGAGGAGCWUGRAGAGAUACCUCAAGUCAAUGAAGAAAAGGCAGGCAGUACACACGAUAGAGCAAAGAUAUCCACGAAACAGAAAAUAACGCCUCUGAUGCCACAGCUUUUAAAUCAAAGUAGAGAAGACACUCGUUUAGCAGAUGAAAACGAUAACAAGAGAUACAACCCUUUCACAUUCUGGUCACAGACUAAGGAUUUGGUUCGAGUAGCUGUUCGUUUACGAGGAGUAACGAAACACCAAACUGAAAUACAAGAAAAGAAACUACUGUUCAGUUUGCCUUCCUCAAAAUCGACCUUGAUCGUUGGGAAUGGUCCACGUCAGAAGACGAAGAUGACACAGCAAUGGAUGACCAAAACCAAGAAGCACCAAAAACACCAAGCCAAGACAAGAAAAGCCACAAACAAGCCAUUGUACCCGAGAUGGACACCAGUGAUUCAAGCAGCUCKGAUUCUGAAGAUGAAGACAUGGACUAUAGAGAUUUUUUGAGUUUUGAUUGACAGUAACCAAUAGAGGCUUUGCACUAUCUCGUGAUGGCAGCUAUGAAGGAGGCACAACAAUAGGGUAUCUUUCCCCUGGGAAACUGAAAUAUUUCUCAUGUAAAUCAGACUAGAUCAGAUUCAAUUGUUCCUGCCUCCAGUCAUAGCUGCCAUCACGUAAUGGUGCAAAGCCUCCAUACCAACAAGAAUGUCAAGCAACUAUAAGAAAAGUUACAAACCAUCUAUUGUAUCUUGGACAGACAUCUGUCCAUUGGUUCAGGCAGCUCUAAAUCGGACGAUGAACUAGUCUAGUAGUAGUAUUUAAGAGUUCUGUUGAGGGAUUUAGAAAACCAGUAUGACCAAGAAUGCUAUAUACAAGGUAUUCUACUUGAGAUGGACACAAGAUCUGUUGAGUUCUUGAUUGAUAAAAUCGUUCAAGAGAUAUAUCUCUACWUCUAAAACUACACGGAAAACGGAACGUAUUAUUGAUUCUCUUWGGACAAUCUGCAAAGAAUAUUUCUUUUUUAGACUUUUUUGCAUGCAUCUAUAUAUUUGACCGACUAGUUGGAUUGAACUAAAAACAAUUUGUCCUCUCGCCYUCAUGGUCUACCAGUCAACAGCCCAUUCGGACUCGAGGAYUAAUUGCUAAAUAAUUAGCGUUUUCUAGUUAUAUUGUUAUAAAUACUUGUUAAAUAUGAACCUAUCAGUUUA